UGAAUCUCCCUGUCGUAGAACUCUGGGUAUCCCUCGAGUUCAUCCAGUUUCUCCAUCAUUGCAUCAUCCACCUCAUACACCUCCCCCCUGACAAAGUGUCCAGUCCCGCGCUUGUUCAGCAAGAAUGGAAUGUUGUAGCGAGUGCCAAUGACCAGAGGAAGUUUCACGGUUGUCUCGGCGCAACCCACGAAUUUGCUGACGCCAUUUUCCGGCCGAGUCAGCACGUGAUGAUUGGGUUCCCCGCGUUUGAGGGUCCCGUACACAAAGAACCUCCUCAGUGCUGAACUGGCCAUCCUCGCGAUAGGAUCUAACAAAGCUAACAAAUAUCGAGGCGGUUAUCUAUUUUUGGCGGGAAAUCGUUCCGAAGGGGAAGACUCUCUUCAUUGAGAUUCGGAAGACUUUCGUGCACUCUCACACACAGAAAGGGGCUCUUUGACAGAUGUCCAGUCUUUUUUUUUGCUUCUUUCUUUGGGCACAAAUAAGAGUAAAUAGAGAGAGGAAUAAAGAAGCACCGAGCGCAAUAAAAUGUUAAUAAAAAAUUGAAUUAGGGUGUGUCUAUUGUGAAACACAGCACAAUGGGAGGAUUUAAUUAAACAGUCUGCUCAGGUUUCUUCCGUCUUCAACACCUUCGGACUGUGAUCCGGCACUUAGGCCAAGAUGUGCUACGUUAUCAUUACCGGACGCAGCCUCCUCUGGUUCCUCAUGAGCCUUGUGGCGGGAAUGCUGACGAUAUCUGCCACUGUCUCUCCUAAAUGGCUCAUCGGUCCGGAAGUAUUCAUGAUUAAGAAUAACUUUACGACCCAGGAAAGGCGUCCUUCCUUAGGUAUUUACACAAGAUGCACCAUGAUGCUCGAUGGACAUUACCACUGUGGGCCUUUUGACUUCGAUGGCUUCUUUACGGACCCUUCAGUCUAUCCACCAGAGUUCAAAGCCUGCAUGUUCUUCAUCUCCCUGGGGCUUUCCAUUCUCUCCAUUACGGUCUUCCUUACGCUAAUCACCUGCUGCCGUCAAUCUUUGCUCGGUAAGAGCAUCCAUACGAUGACGGGAUCAGCUCAGGCCGUAGCUGGAAUCUCCAUCAUGGUCGCCUUGUUUUUGCAUCCCUUAGGAUGGGGAGCAAAACGGGUUCUUAGGCUCUGUGGUGAUUCAGAAGCCUUCUAUCCCGGGGACUGCACUAUCGGCUGGGCUCUGUACUGUGCAGUGGCAGGGAUGAGCCUGGCCUUCCUCUGUGCCUUGAUCAGCCUCAAAGCUGAAUCUGCCAAUAUGAGUGCAUCAGUGAGGAGACGCGUAGAAGCUGGUGAACGACUGGUCUUCUUCUUUUGAAGAUCCACACAGUGUUCAGUGUUUGAGAUAAGUGACUUAUACAGCAGGGUUAUUCUUAAAAUUGGCAACAGAUUUUGUCCAACAUUUUGAGCGCUAUCAUUUUAAAACGAGUUUCCCGCACAAAGAAAGCCAGAAUAGAGCGCCAAGAAAAAGAAAAUUUAUUAUAGACAGAAAAUAGGAAAAAUAGGAGACUCUCGCUGUAGAAUUUUUGUUAAGUGUGUGACU